GCAACAACAAGACGAUCACGUUCUGUCAAAGAAGAAUAUUCAACAACAACAACGUUACUACCAAUGGAUGAAUAGUCAGGGACAAAAUGCCCCACCACAUCAAAGUUUAAAUGCAGUCUUGAAUGAAAGCUCAAUGCCUUGGGGUGGAAACAUGUCACCAGUAGCCAGUCCAUUUGAGACUGAUAGAAGUAGAGUCCAUACUCCUCAACCGCAAACACAACAAUGGGACGAGGUGGAUAAUGGCGGUAGACCCUUCAUUAAUACAAAAUUUACAAACAACACUAAUGAAGAUAUGAUCCGAACUCCACUUGGAUGGGAUAACAGUCGUGCUGCAAGCCCAUUAAUUCACAGUAGUUUACCUUCAACACCUAUUGUCGAUAAUAAUGAUAGACUUUUAUUACAAUUGCAAUCUCGUCAAAGACAAAUUUUAUUACAGCAAGAACAAAUCUUGAUGCUGCGUGAACAAAUGAUGAGACAGCAACCCAUCAUGAUGAACAGUUCAAGUGCUAGCACAACCAGUAGCUCUACUGAAAGAUAUUAUCCUGCCCCAGUUACAAUUCCAAAUACAACCCGCCAUCAUCGUCAUGAAGUACCUUCUACACCCACCACUGAACCUAUUGUCCCCAUCAUUCGAUCACCUCUACUCGAAGAGUUUAGAAGUAACAAGAGUAAAAAGUUUGGAUUAAAAGACAUCAUAAAUCAUGUAGUUGAAUUCAGUGGUGAUCAACAUGGCUCAAGGUUCAUUCAACAAAAGUUGGAAACUGCCAACAGCGACGACAAGCAAUUUGUAUUCGAUGAAAUUUUACCUAAUUGUCUUCAAUUAAUGACAGAUGUAUUUGGAAAUUACGUCAUUCAGAAACUUUUUGAACACGGCAAUCAAUCUCAAAAGACCGUAUUAGCAAAGCAAAUGGAAGGCCAUAUUUUAUCUCUUUCUUUGCAAAUGUAUGGAUGCCGUGUUGUUCAAAAGGCAUUGGAAUACGUCUUGACAGAUCAGCAAGCGAUAUUGAUUCAUGAAUUGGAUGGCUGUGUUUUAAAAUGCGUCAAGGAUCAAAAUGGUAACCAUGUUGUUCAAAAGGCCAUUGAACGUGUCCCUGCCCAACAUAUUCAGUUUAUUAUCGACACCUUUUAUGGACAAGUUUAUCACUUGGCAACUCACCCUUAUGGCUGUCGGGUCAUACAACGUAUGUUUGAACAUUGUCCUGAGGAGCAAACUAUUUACUUGUUGGAGGAGCUUCAUAGAAGUACGAGUCAAUUGGUUCAAGAUCAGUACGGUAAUUAUGUCAUUCAACAUAUCUUGGAACACGGUAAACCCAAGGAUAAGGCCAUGAUUAUCAGCAAAGUGAGAGGCCAUACACUUCAAUUGAGUAAGCAUAAAUUCGCAAGCAAUGUCGUCGAGAAGUGCGUUGCCUAUGGAUGUCAAAGUGAUAGACAGGCGUUGAUCGAGGAAGUUUUGAUGACCCGUCCCGAUGGUUCAUAUCCUCUGAUGUCCAUGAUGAAGGACCAAUAUGCUAAUUACGUUGUUCAAAAAAUGCUCGAUGUAGUCGAUGGUGAUCAACGUGACCUUCUGGUAGCCAAAAUAAAGCCUCACCUCCAAGGGUUGAAAAAAUAUACCUACGGAAAACAUCUUAUCAGCACAUGCCUGGAAGUUGAAAAGCAAAUGAUGUUCAGUCAUAAUAGCACUGUCUCUACAUUGGAUAUCGAGACGCUCAAUAUCACCGAUUCAUUAUUACCUAACCCUAAUACACCUAUUAAUAACUCCGCUAAUAACCACCUCAUCAGUAACGAUCAUUAACAUAGUACAUACUACAUUUUAUAUAUAUUUAUUUCUUGUAUUAUUGAAAUAAGACAAACACCCACCACUCUCAACACUAUAUAUUAUACAUUGUGUAUAUGAAACUUAUGUUAUUAACCCUUAUACAUAUAUAAAUAUUUUUUUUUUAAUCCCUUUCCCAAUACCAAAUAAAUAUAAUUUACAAACUUCUCCCCCCAUA